GGGUGGCCCAGCUUCCUGUCCCCGCCUUGGGCUGCGAGGCCUGGGGUCCCCAGGAGCCAUGAGGGGUGCGCUGGCUGCCUCCCUCCGGCCACUGUCGCUGCUGUGGCUGGUGGUGGUGCUGCUCCCCCGGACUUGCGCCCAGGGCAGCGCUGGGCUGCUGCAGUGCUUCAGAGUGGGACCCCGGCAGGACCUGAACUGCUCCUGGGAGCCUCUCAGGGACUCGGGAGAGCCCGUCGUCCUGCACUUCCGAAGCCAGAAGUACGACUCCAACAGAACCCGGAUGGUGGAAGUGCCUGUGGGACAGAGUUGGGGGACCAUUGCUCGGAAGAAGUUCACAGAGGCAGACCAGCUGCUGGUCUGGGGGACACGAGGAGGCCGGCCUCUCUGGACCCCAGUCCUCGUGGACCUGGAAACCCGAGUGAAGCCCGACGCCCCCCAGCUGAUACCCGGUGGCGUGGACUUCUUAGAGGAUGCACCGCUGGAGGCUACUGUGCGGUGGCAGCCGCCCAGAUGGCCACCCAAGGCCCUGGCCUGUCAGUUCUACUACCAGAGGUGCCCGGAGCAAAGCUGGUCCCUGCUGGAGCCGGAAGUGGAGACCGUUCCACUGAGCCCCGUGGAGAUGCAGGAGCUGGAGCUCACCUCUGCCUACAAAGUGCGUGGCCGCUGUAGAGUGGAGCCGGAAGGAGACCUGUGGGGCGAGUGGAGCCCAGCCUUUCACUUCCAGACCCCGCCCGCUGCCCCAAAGGACGUAUGGAUCGCAGGGAACCCGUGCGCGACCCCAGGCAGCCAGACAGCCUUGCUGGUGUGGAAGAGAGCACUUCCCCUGCCUCUUCGCUUGUGUUCCUCAGUGAGCAGCAGCACCCGGAAGGUCACUCUGCCCAACCUCCCCUGGGGGCCCUGCAAAUUCUGGGUGACGGCGGCCACCAUUGCAGGACAAGGCCCACCAGGUCCCAGCCUCCAGUUCCAUCUGCCAGGGAAUACUUUGAGCUGGGGACUCCUGCCCCGGAUCCUGUGCCUGUGGGCCUUGCUCCAGCUGGGCUGCUGCCUGGGCCUGGCCACCUCUGGAAGGUGCCUCCACCUGAGACACAAGGUGCUCCCCCGUUGGGUCGUGGAGAAGGUUCCUGAUCCUGCCAACAGCCAUUCUGGCCACCCCCACAUAGAGCAGGUGUCUCAGCCCCAGCCCCAGCCCCUUGGGGAUGCUCCCAUCCUGGAAGUGGAAGAGAUGGAGCCACUGCCACUUAUGGAACCGCCCCAGGCCUCCACCCCACUUCACUCUGGGUAUGAGAAACACUUCAUGCCCACCCCAGAGGAGCUGGGCCUUCUGGGGUCCCCCAGUCCCCAUGUGCUGGCCUAAGCCUUGCCAGGGGGGGCUGCAGAACAGGCUAAGGGUGCUCAUGCAGGCUGCACCCUGCCCUGGGGUGAGCCCACAUAACAGAUGAUGACACUGAGGCCCAGCAAGGCUGAGCCACUUGCCCGAAGGCAUCCAAUCGGAAGAGUGGGGACUAGGGGACCCUAUAGAGAAGGGCCCAGACUCAGUAGGGAAUGCAUGGGUGGAUCAGUGUGUAAAGGAAAAUGCGUGAUAUCAAGAGGGGAGCUGCCUCCCACAAUCCUACUGGAGCAGAACUGCACCUGUGCACAGUCCCAGCCUCCCGUGCAGCUGGACCAACCAAGGGCUGAGUUCUUACAAUGCAAUGUGGGCAGAAGUGACAUGGGCCAAUGUCAGGAGCUGGUAGGCCUGAAACACUGGGUGGAGGCUCCUCCACACUCUUCUGGUGAGCUAGAACAUAAAUGUGCUCAUGACCUAGCUUUGACAUAGCCCGGGGGGAAACCAAUGCAACGGAACUUGAGUCCCCAAGUGACUGUAGGUCAGAGCCUGAAUCCCUGAGUGACCAGAUGCGUGAACCUCAAUCCCUCAGUGACCAUAUGGAAAAGAGCCUGAAUCCCUCAGUGGUCACAUAGAUAAGAGCCUGAAUCCCUCAGUAACCACAUGGGUAAGAGCCCAAGUCAAUCCUGAGUGACUAUGAAGAUCACAGCCUGAAUUGCCCAGGGACUACAUGGGCUAGAGCCUGAGUCCUCGAGUGACCAUAUGGACUGAGCCUAAAUCACCCACUGAACCCAUGGAUAAUGGACUGAAUCCCUCAGUGACCACAUGAGUCAGAGCCUGAAUCUGAGAGAUUGUAGAUCAGAGUCUGAAUCCCCCAGGGACCGUAAGGAUCAGAGCCAAUUCUCAAGUGACCAUAUGCAUUAGCGCCUGAAUCCUCGAAAAACCACACAAGAGCCCAAAUACCUGAGCGACUGCACAAAUCGGAGCCUAAAUCACUAAGUGAUUACCUGGAUUAGAGCCUUAAUUCCUGAGUGACCACCUGAAUCAGAAAAUGAAUCCCCAAGGAACUUCCUGGGUCUGAAUCCCUGAAUGUCCACAUGCGUCAGAACCACGAUAAACUCAUCUUUUUGUUACUGUAGCUUGAGAUAACUUUGUUACAGCAACCAGUCCGUAUACUCGCUGACUCACAUUUUUUGUCCCAGAAGAAUUAGGCCUUCAGUUUCCCACCAGAUCACGAGGUGAUUCUGUGCCAACAACACACACUUUCCAGCUGAGUGCUUAGACAUUU